AUGGCAAAUAAGCUGCAAAGAAGAACAACAUCUCGCAGAAAGAUUCACCUUCUGCGAACUCUCACCAAUUCCAAAUCUGUUAAAAGGAGUUCCACCAUCUUAAAUGUUCUUCUCCAUUUUUACAAGCUCAAAAUCAAGUUGGAAGAAAUACAGAGAGAGUACCAAAACCUUAUGGCUAUCAGAAACGAAUACCUCACUCUAUUGAAGCAUAUACAAAUACCAAAGGAAGUGAAGGUCGAAAAGAUAGCAGAAGAGUAUGUGGUUAAAGUGACUUGCAGCAAAGGAGGGAGCAAGUUGGUGUCAAUUCUAGAGGCGUUUGAUGAACUGGGACUGAAUGUUGUUCAAGCUAGAGUCUCUUGCAACCAUAUCUUUGCCAUGGAAGCCAUUGCUGUAGCUCAAGACCAGCAAAGUACUGAUAUCAAAGAUAUUACUCAAGCUGUUCUUAACGCCGUUGAAAAGCAAGGAGGAGAUCAGGAGAUGCUUGCAAGAAAGAAUUACCAAAAAGUUUUCCGUUGCCGGGAAUCGAACCCGGGUCUCCUGGGUGAAAGCCAGAUAUCCUAA